AAGCAGCUGAGUUUAGAUCACUGGCGGUGAACAAGUCCAGUCAACAUGGCUGCCUUCGUGAGGAAAGCUGCUCACAAUAUAGAAACACGAAAGCGGACAGAUGAUGUGAUUCUGUCGGAGGGAAUCGACUUCAGCUCCCUGCUGCUCUCCCAGGCCGUGCUGGACGGACUGUCCUCCGCAGGCUUCCAAAAACCCUCCCCGAUCCAGCUUAAGGCGAUCCCGCUGGGCCGCUGCGGACUUGGUGGGUUCAUGAAACUGCGUGGGACGCUCCACACGUGUUCUCCCAUGUAUGUUGAUCUUGUGUGCACCCUGCCAGGCCUGAAGCAGUAUUACAAGCUGGUGCAGUCCGAUCCUUUACCCCACAAGGUUUUCGAGGCGAAGGUGGAGCACUUGCUAGAGCUUUUCAGUAAAAUCCCAUUCAACCAGGCACUAGUGUUCUCCAACCUACACACAAGGGCUCAGCACCUGGCAGACAUCCUGUCCUCCAAAGGCUUACCUGCUGCUUGUAUUUCAGGUGGUCUGAGUCAGGACCAGAGACUGGAGGCCAUGUCAAAACUGAAGCAGUACCAGUGCAGGGUGCUCAUCUCCACUGACCUGACUUCCAGGGGUAUAGAUGCAGAUAAAGUAAAUUUGGUGAUAAACCUUGAUGUGCCACAGGACUGGGAGACCUAUAUGCACCGUAUUGGACGUGCUGGCCGCUUUGGCACUCAGGGGCUGGCAGUGACCUACUGUUGCCAUGGUGAGGAGGAGAACAAGAUGAUGGCCAUUGCUCAAAAGUGCAGCCUGAGAUUGUCGAUGUUGCCAUCCACCAUAGAGCCUGGGUUGAUGGACGAGCAGUGUGACUGGGAUGUCUGCACUGAGGCUUCCACUCCAGGCCCCUUACCCCAGCUCUCCUCCAGGACAGAGAAGAAGAAGAAGCAGCAUGCCAAGUCGGUCCCAGAUCACACUCUGGAGCACAGCAGUCAAAGGAAGCCAGAGAAGACCCAUCCAGCGCCCAGGCUGGGAGCACACGAUGAAUGCAAUCUGAGAAGAGCUUCUCCUGCAAAGGACACUCUCCCACAUGGUCCUCCACUAGCGGUGCCGACUCGAAAAGAGCAGCAAGACGCUCUGCCCAAGAUCUCUCCUCUCAGCUCGUUCAAGAAUUAUAGGUCAAGGUUUUUGGCCUUUGAGGAGGCUGAGCGGGACUACCACAGCUUCAUUACCACAGGGUUGGGGAGAUUGGUGGAAGUGUUUAGGGAGUUCAGAGGUGGAGAGGACGGUGAUCCGAAGGGGCAUAGGGAGUCUUUCACACUUAAUGACGACGGAGGUCAAAGUUUAAAACAAAACAGAAAACAGUGGAAAUCUAACAUUUCACCUCCAAGGUCAGUUUCUGGUUCUUCAAACUCGCAGUCUGAUGAGGACGAUGAGACAAAUCAGACCAGAGGACGUAAAUACAGAGCAAUCACUGAGCCUCAGACAGAAGCUAGAGAAACACCCUCUCCGUCCAAACCAAAAGCAGAGACCACUAGAUCCAAUGUUUGUACUUCUUCUGCACCCAAAAUGUAUCGCCAGAGAACCUGUGCGUCAAGUGCGAGAGUUUCGUCUCAGCCUGAGAUCUACGAUUCCAUACCAAUCGUUAAAUCAAGCCGACAUCCCAGUCAGACGGCUCCAGCACAUACUGACAGAAAUGAAUCCAGAAAGAUUAAACAAAAGACUGUGGAUCAGAGCAAAAAGAUUUCAGAGAAGAUGAACAGAGAGCAAAAGAGGGAAAGGGAUGAAGGAGAACACGAUGAUGAUGAUGAUGAUGAUCAUGAUCAUGAUGAAGAGGAGUGGAGUGCUGAAACUUACUGGAGAGCCAGCUACAGAGCCUGGAAUGAUUACUAUGCCUCUAUGUCUCCUUUUCAAGAGCAAAAUUACCAAAGCUACUACGGUGUAGCCCACAACUGGAUGGCGGCUUAUCGUAUGAAUGCCGUCUACAUGGAAGAACUCCUGAAACACUGACAUGUCUAUACUGUUAAUCAGGACGUCCAAUCGUGCUGUUGUCUGAAUGUCCCCUGCAAAAAAUUUAGUACAAAAGUUUGCACUUCUUGUCAAGCAUAUUGCUCUUCCAUUUUUGAGUAUGUAUUUUUCAAUGAAUUCAUACCAUAACCUGUAUGCCCCUAUUAUCUUUCUAAUAAAUUACAAGUAUGGAGCAUGUA